UAUGCCUGUCGAAAUAUCACAUUCAAAGCAGUGCACACAAAGUAAGUUUUAAAAUAAAACUGUCUGUCGCCAUCUCCAUUCUAAAGAUACGUAUCUCGAAUUUUUGCUUGCAUGUUUUUUUUAACUCCUAAAACACUCAUAUGCUGUUUUAAAAACAUUCACAGAAAUAAAACCAGCUGGUUAACACCUCUAAUCUAACUGUUUUGUACUCCAACGAGAUCUCCUCCCGUGACUUGUGUGUCAUCCAACCACAGCGAUCACGACAGGUUACGGCGUAGGUCCUACGCACGACUAUAACUUGAAGCUCGAGCAGGCGUGUUUUGCCAUUGAUGCUCACACCUAGCCUGAGCUCGAGAUCUCUCUGACCUGGAAGAAAAAAAGAUUUUUCCCCCCUUCCCUGGAGUCAGUACUUUGAAACCAUUGAAGACGUGGAGGUGGAAAAUGAGAACAGCAAAGACAUUCAGAAUUUAUAGCAGUGGAUCUCAUGGUCCUGUUUUGCUCUUGCUCCAUGGAGGAGGUCAUUCAGCUCUUUCCUGGGCGGUCUUUACUUCUGUUAUAUGCAGCAGGAUUGACUGCAGAGUGGUUGCUAUGGACCUUAGAGGACACGGUGACGCUAAAGUCAAGAACCCUGAUGACCUCUCUGCUGAGACGAUGGCAAAGGACAUUGGAAAAGUGGUGGAGGUGCUUUACGGUGAAAACCCGCCUCCUAUAAUGAUGAUUGGUCACAGUAUGGGUGGAGCAAUAGCGGUUCACACUGCUGCAGCCAAUCACGUGCCAUCACUGCUUGGUCUAUGUGUAAUCGAUGUUGUGGAAGGUACAGCAAUGGAUGCCUUGAAUAGCAUGCAAAACUUUCUGAGGAGUCGACCUAAAACCUUUAAAUCUGUGGAGAAUGCUAUUGAAUGGAGUGUAAAAAGUGGUCAAAUCAGGAAUAUUGAGUCUGCGCGGGUGUCCAUGGUUGGACAGGUGAAAAAGUGUGAGGAGCCCUUAAGCAGUCCAGGGGUUUCUAAGAGCAUCAGUGAGGGAAUUAUUGAAGAAGAAGAGGAGGAAGAAGGAUGCGAAUCCAAUCACAAAAGAAAGAAAGAAGAUGACCAGGAGAUAAAAAAAGAAAGUUUGUACACUUGGCGCAUUGAACUCUCAAAGACGGAGAAGUAUUGGGAGGGCUGGUUUAAAGGACUGUCUUCUCUCUUUCUCAGCUGUCCUGUGCCAAAACUACUACUGCUGGCCGGCAUUGACAGGCUUGAUAAAGAUCUUACUAUUGGGCAAAUGCAGGGAAAGUUCCAGAUGCAGGUUCUUCCACAGUGUGGCCAUGCUGUUCAUGAAGAUGCCCCCGAAAAAGUAGCUGAUGCUCUAGCCAACUUUAUGGUCCGCCACAAAUUCACUGAAUUCAAGGAUGGUUACCCCUGACGGCGUAGUGUCUCCUGUUGUAGUUUUCAUCCAGUUGUCAUGUCAUCCUCUCUGCCCCCUUGCACUCCACCAGUACAAACAUGACAAUGCCUCUGCUGCAACAAUAUUCAAAGUACUUUAUUCUUAAAUUAUAUUCAGUUUUGUAUGUCUUAAUGUAUAUUUGCUGUACUCGCUAUUAUUAUAAUGAGCAGUUUGGCAGGAGUAAUGAAUACAAAACAAUAAUUUCAAAACGUUAUGUACAUUUACAUUUUUAUUUCCCCCUUUUGCAUUGCUUUUGAUGCCUUGCUUGUUUGUUGAUGUAAGUAGGAUGAUUGUAUUGUGUUUAAAGUGUUGCUCAUUGCUGAUUUCCAGGCAAAUAAUAAAAGAGGUUUCAGCAGUCUUUGCACAUUCAA